CGUAAGCUGUAGAGAGCAGUUGGGGAAGGAGAGGAAGGGGGGGGGUUGUGAACGUGGGGAGGCCAGGACCACCAUCGCCACACACGAGCACAUUUCGCAAACAGGUUGAAUCUCGUGCACUCUCAGUUCGAUUCUGAGGGUGAGCGGAAGAGCGGGAAAGAGUCCUCCCUCGCCGGGCAUGAGUGGGGCUUCCCGCUUCCUGCUCAGGGAGGGGUCAUUGUCGCCCCCCCCAGCCAGUUUGGAGGAGAAAGGCUGGCGAAUCCCUCCCCUACAUCUCCUCUCCCUCUCCCUCCCCUACAUCUCUUCUCCCUCUCCGUCUCCGUCUCCGUCUCGUUACGACUCCACAACUCUUGCACACGACGCUGUUGUUGUUGUCGUCGGCCGUAUGUAGAUGGCGUCCACGCCACAUUCAUUGACGUUCAGAAUGUGUAAGCGGUAAUCGGAGGAGGAAGAAGAAGGAGCUUUUCGAGAGGCAGUUGGCUCUAUCACCGUCGGGACAGGAGGCAGGAGGAAAACGCGGAGGGGAAAACGGAAAGGAGGAGGUCUUGAUGGGUGACCGCAAACGGAAGCUGAGUCUGUUUGACGCCAUGGAUGACAAUCGCGAUCCCGAACGUCGAACGAAAUCUAACGGCGUCCUAAGCAUGAACCCUUUCACGGGGCGACCAUACUCCCAACGCUAUUGGGAUAUACUGGACAAAAGAAAAAGUCUGCCAGUGUGGCAACAGAAGCAAGAGUUCUUGGACAUGCUGGCGAAGAACCAGAUUCUGAUCUUAGUGGGGGAGACAGGAAGCGGUAAGACGACCCAGAUCCCCCAGUUCGUUGUGGAGGCCGGUUACACGACGGGGAAGAAGCAGGUGGCCUGCACUCAACCUCGUCGAGUGGCGGCUAUGUCGGUAUCCCGUCGCGUAGCGGAAGAGAUGGACGUCCAGAUCGGAGAAGAAGUCGGUUACAGCAUCCGAUUUGAAGAUGUGACGGGGGGCAAGACGGUUCUCAAGUACUUGACCGACGGUAUGCUUCUGCGAGAGGCGAUGACUGAUCCGUUGUUGGAAAGAUACAGCGUGAUAAUCCUCGACGAAGCGCACGAGAGAACGCUGAGCACGGAUGUGCUGUUCGGGCUGCUGAAGGAGGUGCUGCGCAAUCGGCCGAACCUGAAGUUGGUGGUGAUGAGUGCGACGCUGGAGGCAGAGAAGUUUCAGAGUUACUUCAGCAAUGCGCCGUUGAUGAAGGUGCCAGGGAGAUUGCACAGGGUAGAGAUCUUCUACACGCAGGAGCCGGAGAGAGACUACCUGGAAGCAGCCAUACGAACGGUGGUGCAGAUCCACAUGUGUGAACCGCCUGGGGAUAUCUUGGUCUUUCUGACAGGGGAGGAGGAGAUCGAAGACGCAUGCCGCAAGAUCACGAGGGAGAUACAGAACCUGGGAGAUCAGGUGGGCGACGUGAAGGUGGUGCCUUUGUACUCAACGCUGCCGCCGGCGUUGCAGCAGAAGAUUUUCGAGGCGGCGCCGCCGCCGCGCAAAGAAGGAGGUCAACCGGGAAGGAAGAUAGUCGUCUCCACGAAUAUUGCCGAGACCUCACUUACCAUCGACGGCAUUGUCUACGUUAUAGAUCCCGGAUUCGCGAAGCAGAAAGUGUAUAACCCUAGGAUUAGAGUGGAGUCUUUGCUAGUGUCACCGAUAUCGAAGGCGAGUGCUCACCAGAGGGCGGGGCGAGCAGGGAGGACGCAGCCAGGCAAGUGCUUCCGGCUGUACACGGAGCAGAGCUUCAAGAAGGACCUGCAGGAGCAGACGUAUCCAGAGAUCCUGAGAUCGAAUCUGGCGAACGUCGUUCUCACGCUCAAGAAACUGGGGAUCGACGACCUUGUGCACUUCGACUUCAUGGACCCGCCGGCGCCGGAGACGCUGAUGAGAGCGCUGGAGCUGCUGAACUAUCUCGGCGCGCUGGAUGACGAGGGCAACCUGACCAAGGUGGGAGAGCUAAUGAGCGAGUUCCCUCUCGAUCCUCAGCUGGCCAAGAUGCUUGUCGCGAGUCCGCAGUUCAAUUGCUCGAACGAAGUGCUCUCCAUAGCCGCCAUGCUCUCUGUGCCUAAUUGUUUCCUGCGGCCCCGGGAAGCGCAGAAGGCAGCAGACGAAGCCAAGGCAAGAUUCGCGCACAUCGACGGCGACCAUCUCACCCUCCUCAAUGUCUAUCACGCGUACAAACAGAACAACGAAGACCCCCAAUGGUGCUAUGAGAAUUUUGUGAACCACAGAGCGCUCAAGUCCGCCGACAACGUCCGUCAGCAGCUAGUAAGAAUCAUGAAUCGCUACGGGUUGAGGAUUUGCAGCACGCCGUUCCUGCAGGAGAGGGAUGCGUAUUACGUGAACAUCAGGAAGGCGAUACUCGCUGGCUAUUUCAUGCAGGUGGCGCAUCUGGAGAGGACGGGGCACUAUCUGACAGCGAAAGACAAUCAGAUGGUGCACUUGCAUCCCUCCACGUGUCUCGAUCAUAAGCCGGAGUGGGUAAUCUACAACGAAUUUGUGUUGACGAGCAAGAAUUACAUUCGGAUCGUUACGGACGUCAAAGGCGACUGGUUAAUCGAGAUAGCGCCGCACUACUACGACUUGUCCAAUUUCCCGCAGUGUGAGGGGAGAAGGGUGUUAGAGAGGUUGUACAAGAAGGAGAGGCAACAACAAUUACUGGACCAGAAGGGUUCGCCGGCGGUGCCAUCGACAGGGACAUUAGGGAGAGGGAUAGAUCGAAAAGAGGUGGCGGCGGUGAAUGAUGAUGAUGAUGAUGAUGAUGAUGAUGGUGAUGGGGAUGGUGAUGGGGAUGGGGAUGGGGAUGGGGAUGGUGAUGAAAUGGGGUGUAAGAAGGAAGGAGAAAGAAUGAAGCACGGGCCGAAGACGAUGAUGGCAUUCAUCUUGUUCGCAUUAUUCUUGUGAGUUUUUCGAAAUGAUGUCGAUCAACUCCUUUCUUCUCUGUUUCUUUUCGUUGCGCGGUCUUCGCUUCCUCGUUGGCCUUUCUUGGAUUUUUCUCUCUUCGCUUGUUUACACUCCUCCCCCUUCCACCCCCCUUCUCCUCGCCCUUCUCUCUUCCACUCCUGUUCUACCCCCAACUCCACCCCUCCUUUCCCCCGUGCUCCUGGGGAAAAGACGCUACUGCUGCCCCCUCCUCCCCCCGGCGGGAAGACGCUACCUCGCCGCCUCGUCCCGUGCCCAAUCCUGCGCGCUGAUGAUGUGCUUCACUUCCCCGUAAGGAUGCUGCUGUUGCUGCUGUUGCUGCUACUGCUGCUACUGCUGUUGCGGAUGAUGAUUAUGGCGUGUGGUGAUACUACGCAUGCAGCUUAUCACGUGUGGUGAAAUUGCGCAUGCAGCUUAUGACGUGUGGUGAUAUUACGCAUGCAGCUCCGAGCGUAAUAUCACCACACGUAAUAUCACCGACUUCGAUGCUUAUGACGUGUGGUGGAUAUGACGCAUGCUGCUUCUGCUUCUGCUUCUACUUCUUCUUCUGCUGCUGCUGCUGCUGCUGAUUAUGAUGAUGAGGAGGAGGAGGAGGAGGAGGAGGAGGAGGAGGAGGAGGAGGAAGAGGAGGAGGAGGAUGCAGUUGAUGAGGAUGUCGAUAAUGAGGAUGCUGAUGAUGGAAGCACACUCACAGCGCACGACGUGGGCCACGCUACAUUGGCAACGGUGUCGCAUCUGUUGCGCAGGAUGCAAACCUUCUAAGCAGAGGAGCACUCCCAUCCAUCAUUACCAGCGCGCCGCUUACCCGCCAGCCGUCCGCUUGUUCCCAAACCCGUGGUCCGGUUGAAAACACAUCACACUCCCAACGCACGUGGCUCGCAUGGGUCGCGCCCACGUGGUUCAGACGUGCCGUACACACGUGGGCAAUCAUGCUGCUCACCCGUUUGCAGAGCACGCGAGGGUAAGCACAGGAGCGCUCCGUCAUCAUUACUCACCCUCCCGCCUUUUACUUACCCCUCACCCGUUUGCAGGGCCCGCGCGCACUCUUCCUCUUGCCAAACCGUGACCGGUCAAAGCUCACAAAUUUUCCUCGGCCCGCGCGCACUCUUCCUCUUUUGAGUUUUUUUCGUUGUCUGAGAUAUACUAAUUAGCCAGUUUCGGAAAAAGCGCCACGUGUUUCUUUUUUCUGUUUGUCUUUUUCGGUUUGGGCAAUGAACUUUUGUACAACAGAACGCCUUGCAAAACGAGCAAGAUCGUUUAGUGCGUAGCUGAGUGUGGGGUUGCAUAUGUGAGGAAGAAGAGCAGGAGGAUAUAGAGUAGAGAGAGAGAGAGAUAGAGAGAGAAAGAGGAGGAGGAAGAGGAGGAAGAGGGGAUAAUCGAUGAACGGAGGAGAGAGAGGAGAAGGGGAGGUGGUUGUAGGUGAUGUAGUAGUUGUUGCGUGCGGGGGAGAUAAGGUUUUGUUUUUUGCCUAAGGGCCAGAUCCCACUAGGCCCAAUUGUUCAUUUCUGACCGUUGAUCUUCGUAAUCGAGGGUUAAAAAAAUGAAUAAUCCAGGGUAGUGGGAUCUGACGCUAAAGCAAAUCUGAGGGUGGUAGUUGUUGUGGGGUCUCGCAUGUGCCUUCUCCGCUUUUGGCGGUAAUACGGGUUUUUCCCCUAAGUGUUGUUGUUGUUGUCGGUACCGAGCGGGUAGGAGCAGCAUCGGGGGAGGGGCGGUGUAGGUUGGCUGGACAGAUGACGGACGGAGAGUGCAUGUGUGCAGAGAAGUGAACCAGGUACACGGAGGGGGAGGACGAGGGUGGAGAGGAGAAAGAACAAGUAUACUCGUUCCGGUCGUGGGACGGGUUUUAGGACUGGUCGUCGAAGAAGGUUGCUGUCGUGCAAUAAAUAUAUUGUUGUCAG